AACUGGGCUACGUUACCAGCAGAAGCUCUCAUUAUAAUUUCAAUUUCAAGAUCAAAUAUAAUGGCAUAACCAAGUAGCCAACGUGACCCAGAUAUUUUGCGAUACAUAUGCAAAUUCUUUCGCCAAUGUGGGCUAAGCUCUUAUUUAAGAAGUGUGGCAGGUGCAAAGCCAGUGGCAUUAACCAAACAACGAUGGGUCUAACUGAACUACUGCUGAUCGGAGUUGUAGCUGUGGGUGGAGUCUUCGGAAGACUGAACUCUCGUCAACCCAGUGGGUAUACUCCACAUCGUAUUGUUGGAGGCGCUGACAUCCCACCAGGCGAACAUGUGCCCUACCAGGUUUCGCUGCAGUACAGAACACGAGGUGGUCAGAUGCACUUCUGCGGUGGAUCCAUCAUCGCCCCCAAUCGCAUCCUCACUGCAGCUCACUGUUGUCAGGGUCUCAAUGCCAGUCGCAUGUCUGUGGUGGCCGGAAUUCGAGGACUGAACGAGAAGGGUUCCCGCUCCCAGGUGCUAUCCUACAGCAUCCAUCCCAAGUAUCAGGAACUGGUUACCAGCGAUCUUGCCGUGCUGUCCAUCAAGCCUCCGCUGAAAUUAAACAACUCCACUAUUAGUGCAAUUAAGUAUCGAUCGCAGGGAAAAGACUUCGUUGGCGGUGGAGUUCCAGUAACCCUGACGGGAUGGGGCCUCCGCUUACCAGUGCCCUUUCCCUUCCUGGACAACGUGAACUAUCCCAAUGUUCUUCAGCGCAUGAGUUAUCACACCAUCUCGAACAGUGAGUGCCGGAAUGCGGGAAUGGAGAGCGUUACGGAUACGGAGAUCUGCGCCAGAGGUCCUUUUAGAGGAGCCUGUUCGGGCGACUCUGGCGGUCCUUUGGUAAUGGAAUCGGAAAAUGGAUUACAGCAAGUGGGCAUAGUAUCCUACGGCUUAGUGGUGUGUGGUCUAUACAUCUCUCCGGAUGUCUACACCAGAGUGUCUACCUUCAGUGACUGGAUAGGAAAUCAAAUGGAAUCGUGAA